GUUAGGCUGAGGGGCGGAAGUGGUGCUUGGAGCUGAGACCCUGACUGAGGAGGUGGGGCAGGUCCGGGCCGCGUCCCGCAGGGGGCGGUGAGAUGGGCCGGCCGCCCGGCGAGUCCCGGUCGGUGGUGUCCCCGCCGCUCGCGCGCUCCAGGCCGGCUCCCAGCACCUGAGCCCGCCGCGCCGGAGCCGUGGGUGGUGGAGACAGGGAGGCGCCGCUCCCCGCUCUCUGUCGGGACCAUGCCGUGCACCUGCGGCAACUGGCGGAGGUGGAUCCGGCCGCUGGUCGUUGUUCUCUACGUUGUGGGGCUGCUGGUGGCGGUUCCCUUGUGCGUGUGGGAGCUGCAGAAGCUGGAGGUUGGAAUUCAUACCAAGGCAUGGUUUAUUGCUGGAAUUUUUCUACUGAUGACUAUACCAAUUUCUCUCUGGGAUAUAUUGCAACACUUAGUUCAUUAUACUCAACCUGAAUUACAGAAACCAAUAAUAAGGAUUCUAUGGAUGGUGCCGAUUUACAGUUUAGACAGCUGGAUAGCUUUGAAAUAUCCCAACAUUGCAAUAUAUGUGGAUACCUGUAGAGAAUGCUAUGAAGCAUACGUCAUCUACAAUUUUAUGGUAUUCCUUUCAAAUUAUUUAACCAACCGGUAUCCAAAUCUGGUAUUAAUCAUAGAAGCCAAAGAUCAGCAGAGACAUCUACCUCCCCUUUGUUGUUGUCCAUCAUGGGCUAUGGGAGAAGUUUUAUUAUUUAGAUGUAAACUAGGCGUGCUGCAGUACACUGUUGUCAGACCACUUACCACCAUUAUUGCUCUAAUCUGUGAGUUGGUUGGUAUAUAUGAUGAAGGAAACUUUAGCUUCAAAAAUGCUUGGACUUACUUGGUUAUCCUUAACAACAUGUCACAACUGUUUGCGAUGUAUUGCCUUGUGCUUUUUUAUAAAGUACUGCGUGAAGAGCUGAACCCAAUCCAGCCUGUUGGCAAGUUUCUUUGUGUGAAGAUGGUAGUUUUUGUUUCCUUCUGGCAAGCUGUUCUUAUUGCACUGCUGGUGAAAAUUGGUGUUAUUUCUGAAAAACGCACCUGGGAAUGGCAAAGUGUGGAAGCUGUGGCCACAGGCCUACAGGAUUUUAUCAUCUGUGUGGAGAUGUUCUUUGCUGCUAUUGCUCAUCACUACAGUUUUUCCUAUAAACCUUAUGUCCAAGAAGCUGAAGAAGGAUCAUGCUUUGAUUCCUUUCUUGCAAUGUGGGAUAUUUCUGAUAUUAGGGCAGAUAUAUCUGAACAGGUUCGAAAUGUUGGAAGAACAGUUUUGGGCCAACCAAGGAAAAUAUUUUUUGCUGAGGAUCAUGAACAAAACGAACAUACAAGUUUACUGUCUUCAUCUACACAAGACCCAAUUUCUGAUGCUGCUUCUAUGCCAUCUUCACCCAUGAGUGGCCACUACCAGGGGUUUGGACACACUGUGACACCUCUGACUACACCUACAACAACCACAAUACCUGAUGGCAUUUAUAACACUAUUGUUGCAGAAGAGAAUGAGGAUUACCUUGUUCCAGGGCAUAAUACAUCUGAGAAGCCUUUGGAUAAAAGUUAAACCCAUCUCUACUUGAGUGUGCUAAAGAAUCUAUUCUGUGCUUUCCUACCAUAUUGUUUCAUGAUGACGUAUUCCAUUGCUCUUGAAGGGGUUGUUAAUAGCUGGACAAACUGCAGCAUGUCUCACAAACAGGAACAAAGUAAGUGGUUGGAGUCUGUUUUGAAUACUGAAUUUGUUUAAAUUCUAUAAUGGAUUUGAGUAUAUAGUGUAUCAGUUGAAUAUAAAACAUGUACAUAGUUUAAAUUUCCAGCACAGAUUUUAAGAAUCCAUUUCUUAAGAGGGAUAAAGUAUUUAGAAAGCUAUAUAGUACCUAGCAUAAAAAGGGCAGUGCUAUAUUAAGAUUACACUGGUAUCUGUUAACACAGAAGAUAUAUCUGUAAACAAAUACUCUAUUACUCUUCAAAUGUGUGUGAUAAAGGUAGAGCUGCUAACUGGGAGACUUGAUUUCAGGAAUAUAAUUUAAGAAACUGAAUUGUGGAGACUUUUUAUGUUAAGUUUACCUCUCCAAUGAGGUGGUGACCCUGUAAAUUUGGGGAUAGUGUGUGGCUGGAGUACUGACUUCUUCACCUUCCCCUAUACAAACACACAAUUGAAACUGCUUAAUUAAGUUACCCUCUCUUCCAUUACAGAACACCAAUGUCUCUGGGCGUCAGCCAAAGCAUCCUUUUAA